AAUUGCUUUUUUCCAGAUUAUUAAAUAGAGUGAGCUGCAUCAGUGCAGCAUAUGUAAAUGUGACCGGAUGAUCAGCAUGUGUUGCAAAGUUAUGCAAUUUAAGUGAUACGGGGAGCUGGAUAAGACGGUUUUUUCCCCUUAUGGUUGAAGCUUCCUUUCGGCGGUGUUCGCAGCAAUGCAAACAUUUUAUCCAAUUAGCUUGUCUGCUCUCUUUGCUUAAUAAAAGACAUGGAGCUCAUUUUUUUCGCAGUCCAUGGUACCUUUUAAUCAUAAGGCACUGUUGUAAGUCAAUUCAUGGUGAAAUUGUUCCCACAAGACUAAAAGAAGUAAAUAGGGAAAGUUUUAUUAAUUUAGCACGACAAAAUUAGCGCCAUCUUUGUUGGAGAGAAUGUUAAAAGCAGACAGUGAUAUCUUCCCUGGAGUGCCUAAACCGAACUGUUUGCUAUCUCUCUGCGUUCCUAGGUAGGUUAAGAGGAAGUUUGAUGCUUAGCUUCGAUGUAGUAUUUUUUUAAUUUUGUUUUCGCAUUUUAAAGAAAGCGAAUUAACAUUUGCAUAAAUGAUAUAAAUUAGACACUUUCACGCUUUUGGAAAGAGUUAACACUGAAAAUAAGAAGCGAUGAAUUUAAUGGCAUACAAUGCAAACAUUGUACUAUAUUCAUACUUAUCCCUUCCUUUUAAACAGUAGAGAUGGAUUAAGACACAUCAUGCCUCACUCUUGUCUUUCCCCUGAGUUUGUUGAGAUAUACACGGAUUGGCACACCUCAUUUUAACAUUUGCUUUUAACGUGUUGGGAACUGCAUGACAAUAUAGGCACUUCAUGGGAUGAAGUUCAAUCAUGUUCCUUCGAACAAAAACAUUCAGGACUUGACCUUCUUCUUGAUGUGUUGAAUGAUCUUUUUAACAACUUAAUUUAUAAGGUUAGUACUUCACUUGGUAACACGUUAACUUACGUUGUGCAACAAACUUAAGGACAUCUUCGAAAUGGAGAAGCCAUCAGAAGAAUUGCCUUCUCUAGAUGCACAGAGUCCCUUAACUCGAGAAAAGCGACCGCGUAGUGAAGCCGGGUGUUUGGUCGGAGGAACACCUCUGAUUUCCCGAUCUCAUGUGAAGGAGGUUCCGAGAGUAAAGUCUGUGUGCAGUUAUUCAGAGGAGUUAUCUUUUACAAGCUUUGCUCUUGAUCUACCAGUCUAUUCUGCCGAACCUUGCUUUCUAAGCGAUCCCCCUACAUCGAGUAGGAGUGCUCCUGUACACUCGUUAGAUGCUCGUACAGCGUGUGUCCACAAAGCACCUGUCAAAACGCCUGUAAGUGCCAAAUCUCCAGCCACCUCCUCUUCGGGCUAUUUUUCGUCGCCCUCUUCAAGAGUAAGCCCACUAUCAGCGUAUGCUUCUAAAACGAAUGGCACCAACUCCAGGCUGGCGUCCCGGCGCCAGAAAUGGGCUACGCUUCUUGCUUCCACUUUUAUGCAGUUGCAGGAGGGGUACGAGGAGGAGAGAGUAAAGGACAUUUCCACACGUAUUGCCACCGCCAUAUCGGGUGACGGUGAAGAAGCUAAGGACACGUUUUUAACGCUCUUAAUGAACCUCAAAGAUUCAAAGAAUGAGCUGUUGCGUUCUCGGGUAAUAAAGGGGACACUGCCUGUAGAAGUUUUAGUUACGCUAAAUGAGGUGGAUCUUGUCAAUCCGGAGCGGCGAAAAAAGUUGGAUGAAGAGUUUGAGCAGCGCUCACGAGAUACUAAUCUGACCGAGAUUGAAAAAGCGUUAAUGACUACCUCUACUUUGUUUUCAUGUCCAUCGUGCAAGGCGCGUGAUUGUUCAUGGACUCAGAGACAAACGCGCUCCGGGGAUGAGCCGAUGACGGUAUUUUGCACCUGUAAUGUAUGUGGUAGGACGUGGAGGAAGAAUUAA